AUGACCACCAUGGUUGAGGAAAGCUGUCACCCGAUUUUCACCCAAGACCCUGCUCACUGGAUGCAGUACAUCUACAAGAAGGUCCGUGUACACACCGGCCCCAACCAAGAGCAUGUGGGUCACGUCUAUACAGUCGACCCGGUCACUUCCAGCUUCAUCCUUGUUCGCUUCCCUCCUACAGCUGUUUCCGAUACCGCUACCUCCACGGUUGCUAAUGAGACUGGAACUUCUAGUAGCUCUGCCACCACUCCAAACACAACCACUGCGAGUGACACUACUGCUGCUACUGAAGUUAAGGCUUCUGACAUUUCUGCUAAUACUACUAGUCCUGCAUCUACCCCCAAGACCAGUGUAGAGGUCUGUGUUAUUCCAGGACAUGCUGUUGUCGAUGUGGUUGUGUUGCAGGAAGAUGAAAAUAAUGGUGGUGACAGUAGGAGUGGCGAUGGCCCAAAAGAUAGUGAUCAUGAAGAAAUUAAGGCCAGGCUUGAUGCUCUGUUCCUCAACAGCAAGAACAGUCACCUUGGUUUUGGCGACAGCGGCAACAUCGGCAUUGAAACCAACCAUCUGAGUGAGGAAGCCCUCUCGGAACACAAGGACAAGCUGAAGUCAUGGCUGCUGAAGAAUCGCUUGCCUGUGCAAGAACAAAAGGGUCAGGAUGACGGCAAAGAGAAGUGUCUGUGUGUGGCUGGCGCUGUGACCAUUCUACCACCGUAUGGCCCCGGCAACUGUUGUAGCACCAAUGAGAUAAUCCUGUCGAGGAUUCAGAAUCUUAUUAGAAACAUGCCACCAACUGUCUGACAAAUGCUGUUAAUUAGCUUUGUUCAUUUGCUCACUUGUUCACCGUUGAGGCAAAUUGAUUAUAGAUCAGAGUAUUGGGUUACCUGCUGCAACACAGGUCAUGAGUUCAGUGCUCCCUGGUUGCCCAUAACAGAAUGCUAGAGUUUAUUAUUAUUUAUUUGUGAAAAUUAAUGUAACUCUUUCAUGACUGUAAAUAAGCAAUAAGAACUCGGUUUCGUAAUAGAUUAACUUUUAUCACAAACCAUCUCAUGCUCUUCAUAUUGCUAUUAUUGUAACGAGCUGGCAGAGUCGUUAGUUCACCGGGCAAAAUGUUUAGCGGCAUUUCACCCUCCCUUAUAUUCUAAGCUCAAAUUCUGCCAAGGUUAACUUAGCCUUUCAUCCUUUCAAAACAACUACCAGUUUAGCACUGGGCUCGAUGUAAUCGACUAGCACCCUCUCCCCAAAUUUCAGGCCUUGUGCGCCGAAAAUAGGAAGGAUUAUUAUUAUGGCAGUGAUACCCCUCCCCUUUAAAACAUUUGGCCAUAUGUCUAUGGUAGAAAGAAUUAAGGCCAUGCUGGUAGAAUCGUUAGAGCAUCGGACAAAAUGCUAAGUAGCAUUUGUUCUGGCUUUUUACAUUCUGGGCUCAAAUCCUGCCAAGGUCAGCUUUGCCUUUCAUUCUUUCGUGGUUCGAUAAAAUAAAUUACAAGUCAUGUAUUGGGGUGGGGGUGGGGAGUCAUUGUAAUCAACUUGCCCUUUCCUUUAAAAUUGCUGGCUUUGUGCCAAAGUUAAUUAUCGUAGCUGGACCCAUUUUCAUGGCUGACUAGGAACAAGGUACGCUGCCAUUUGCAUGGAAGUGAUGUCUCCUCUAUUUCCAUUCCUCCCUGAAAACAUGUCCAGUCACGUGAAAACGAGUGAGGUUUGGUGACAGGAGUGGCAUCCAGCUGUAGAAAAUCUGCCUCAGAGUAGUCUGUGAGUGCUCAUGCCUUGUCAGACUAACACCAUUACAGAUGAUGCAGUGCCCAGCGGGGUGGGAUGGGUUGCUAGAAACAAUUGUUUGUUAUUUAGUUACGUCCCUUUUGUGCGCUGAGUUCAAAUUAUUCCAGGAUUUACUUUGCCUGCUAUCUUUCCGGUAUCAAUGGAAUAUUCUCCAUCUACUGAGGCAGAACUAAUUGAUUGCCCUCUGUGAAACCCAUCAUCGUCAUCAUCCAUAUAUACACUCCAGUUCACGCUUGUUAAGAGACAGGUCAGACAUGCAGCCGGUCAUUUUGGGAUUUUACUUGUGACAAACUGAUAGCCAGUCCUUUGUGGUGGUUAGUAUAGACAUUCCUGAUUAGCACCAUUUGAUGCUGUAAAGAAUCUAAAGACUUUUUUUUUUUUCCUAAGACAUUGAUUCGUCCAAAAUUAGCAUUCAUUUCAUUCCAUUUAAAGUGCAAUGCUCCUCUCUGCUGCCUCACUUUUGGCCAGGGUGUGAAGUACAACUUUCUCUCAAACCAAAACUCUGACACUGUUGGAACUGUUGCACUCAUUUGGUCUCUCUCGUCUCGUAUUUACUUUGAUUUUUCUUUGUUCAACUUUAAUAGUAAUGAUAAUCAUCAUUCUAGUGAAAUACUACCAACUGGUUUGCACCCCCCCCCCCUCAGAAUUACAGGCCUUGUGCCAAAAUUAGAAACCUGCACGCCAAAAGAAAUGUUGAGCAUUCCUUCCACCAUUAUGUUCUGAGUUCAAAUUCUGCCGAGGUAGACUUUGUCUUUCAUCCUUUCAGGGUCGAUAAAAUAAGUACCAGUUGAGUACUGGGGCUUAUGUAAUCGAGUAGACCCCCUCCCCCAAAGUUUCAGGCCUUUUGCCUAUAGUAGAAAGCAUUGUUAUUAAGGCAGCGAGCUGGACGAAAUGCUUAGCAGUAUUUCGUUCGUUUUUACGUUCUGAGUUCAAAUUCCACCGAGGUCGAUUUUGCCUUUCAUCCUUUUGGGUCUGUAAAUUAAGUACCAGAUGCGCACUGAGGGCGAUGUAAUCGACUAGUCCCCUCCCCAAGAUUGCUGUCCUUAUGGCAAAAUUUGAAUCAUUAUUAUUGUGAGUUGGGGGUAGAUUAACAGAUUCAUUAGAGCGUUGGGGUGGAAAAAAUGCUUUGCAGUAUUAGUUCCAGCUCUUUACAUUCUGAGUUCAAAUCCCACCGAGAUCAACUUGGCCUUUUAUCCACACGGAGUUGCUAAAAUAAAGUACCAGUCAUGAACUAGAGUUGAUGUAGU